AUGUCCGAGUUUCCGGGCGAGAACAAACAGCUGGAAGAAGACUGGACUGACAUUCCUUUAGAAACUCGUCUUUCUCACAAGUCAUGGAAAGCUCGUCAGUCUGCUUACGAUGAGCUUGCAAAACUCUUCCGGACUGCAGAAUCUGGUAAUGAUCCAAUAUUUUUACAGUACCAGGAAAGCGUUCGUGGCAUGUUGUCAGAUGCAAAUCAAAUCGCAUUGGAAUCUGGAGUGUCUGCAACUAUGGAAUAUGUCAAACUCGCCACAAUUGCUUCAAGAGGAAAAUCAGUGCUUGUUCCGCUUGUCGUUGAUAAAUGUUUGGCUAGUACUCGAUCGUCUACAAAGACCAAGGCAAUGGAGAUUCUUCUUAUGUUUAUUGAAAUCGAUACUGCAGAUGUAGUGAUUGAAUGUCUAAUUGCUGGAUUAAGUCACAAGACUCCUAAGAAUGUGAUUGCAUGUGUUUCUGCUCUGCGUGAAGUGAUUGCUUCAUUUGGAAUACCUGUUGUGCCUUUUAAGCCAGUUGCCAAGGUUCUUUCCAAAAUCUUUGAUCAUCGCGAUAAAACAGUUCGUGCCGAGGGUACUGCUCUUGCAUUAGAGUUGUUUCGUUGGAUUCGACAGGCUUUGCUAGGAUCCCUUGACGAAUUAAAACCACUUCAGCUAAAAGAACUUACUACGCUUUUUGAACAAGAGCCCACUGUUACUCCUCAAGCCACACGUGUUCGACGAGCAGACAUGUUGAAAGUCGAAGCAUUAAAAAAAGAGGCGACAGUUUUGCAACAAACAGAACAAACAGAACCUACUGAAGUAUUUGACGAGUUUCAGUUUGUUGAUCCAGUCGAUGUUCUUGGCAAACUUUCAAAGUCAUUUUACUCUGAUCUGCUAUCAACCAAAUGGAAAGAGAGAAAGGAGGCAUUGGAUGGUUUGCUCGUUAUUUUAUCUUGUCCAAAAAUUGAAGAUGGUCGAUACGGCGAGCUCAUUAAUGCUCUUGCCAAGAAAUUACCCGACGCGAAUGUCACUGUGGUGGUGGUUGCUGCACAGUGCAUUACUCAACUUGCCAAGGGCUUACGAUCUGCAUUUUCUCAAUAUCGUCAUAUUGUUAUUGGUCCAAUCUUGGACAGACUGAAAGAAAAGAAAACAAAUGUUAUCGAGGCACUCAAAGCUUCUUUGGAUGCUGUAUCGGCAACGGCGUCUAGUAUUUUGGAUGUUAUGGAAGAUAUUGUUUUUGGAAUGACCCAUAAGAAUCCUCAGAUUAAAAUCGAAUCAGUUCAAUGGCUUCUUCGGUGCUUGACUACUAUUAAAAAACCUAAAAAGGAUUUUACCCGUUCAAGUGCAAAGCUUUUACUGGAUACUCUUUUCAAGGGUAUUGAUGAUUCGCUGGAAUCUGUUCGAGAGGCAUCUGCAGAGGCGCUUGGACAUAUCAUGGUCACUUUGGGUGAGCAGAGUAUGCUGGGUUCUUUAGAGCGUCUAGAUAAAGUAAAGCAAACCAGAAUUCGCGAGUAUUACAGUAAUAUAAAGUCUGGAAAUGCAAAGGGUGUGGCCCCAUCAACAGGCAAAACCUCGGUACGACCACUGGGCGAAUCUCAAAAUCGGCCUGCAUCACAGCAGAUGGUACAAGAUAAAGAAAAUCGAAUGCCUGCUACUGGAAAGGGCUUAACCUCAAAUAUGUCAGCUCAGGCAAGCUCAGCGUCAUCGCGUGGAACUGCAGCAGUCAAACGUAAAGGUGUUGGAUCGGCCCCAUCAAACGCCACUAGUUUAAACGCCAAGACUGAUUUGGAUGAGCAGCCCCGAUUUAGCUUUUCUGACGAAUCAGCAGAAGAAGUAGUUAUUGGAUGGAUUGGAACCAGUUUAGUGGCGGAUCUAUCCAACUCGGCCUGGAAGAUUCGACUUGAAGCAAUGCAAAAAAUAUCUGAGAUGAUUGGGAGCGACGAGCCGCCUAUACCAAGCGAGGCAAUUGUUCGAUUUUUAUCUAAAUUUCCAGGAUGGAAAGACAAUAAUUUUCAGGUUAUGGUGGCAAUGAUUAGUAUAUAUAAAACUUUGGCCUCCCACUCUUCCUUUACCAAAGGCUCUGUUUUGCUGAUAAUAUCUGGCUGUGUCGAUAAAAUGAGCGAUAUAAAAGUAAAAAAAGUUGCUGGUGAAUGCAUGGAGGCAUGCGCUGAAAGAACAUCUUUUUCGUUUGUACUAUCUCAGCUCUACGAGCCCGCAAAGAAAUUGAAAAGUCCAAAAGCCAUUGCAGAUUUGCUUUUAUGGAUGGGCGAAAUGCUGUCUAGUUUUACUACUACGGGUAUAAAUGUCAAGGUGCUUGUAGACUUUUUAAAAGUGAGCUUGGGCAAUUCAAACGCAGCUGUCAGAACUGCCGCGAUUGGGGUUUUUGUUACAAUAUAUCGCUGUGUUGGAAAAGACUUUGACCAAUGUUCAUGUGGUCUUUUACUUUCAGAUCUCUGCGGUCUUCUUAAUGAUGUUUCGCCUCAAAUUAUGGCAAUUCUUGAUGCAGAAUUUGAAAAAGUUGCAAGCAUUCCACGGCUAGUUGCUUCAAAAACUCAGUCAAAUGCACCACAGGUGGUAGAUGACAUUCUCCCACGCGUAGACUUGUCUUGUAGAGUGCCAUCAAGUUUAGUAGAGCAAAUGGGAAAUCCAAACUGGAAAGAAAGAAAAGCUGCCAUGGAUGAACUGAGUGAAGCAAUCAAGGCCACUCAAAUGAAAAUUCAGCCAACACUGGGCAAGUUAUUUGUAUUUUUAAUACUGAGACUUUCUGACAGCAACAAGAACUUGGCAUCAUCUGCUACAGAUAUCUGCGGCAUGCUUUGUAUUGCCAUGGGCAAGCCUUUUGAAAAAUAUGUUCGUACAUUUCUUGCUCCAAUCCUAUCGCAACUAGCAGAUCAAAAAACUCUUGUGCGAGCAAUGGCUACUUCUGCAUUGGAUAGAUUUGCCGACACCUUGGGCAUAUCUUUGUUAUUAUCAAACAUUGCUACAUGUUUGAAAACGGAUCAACCACUUAUGCGAAAAGAUCUCAUCAAAUGGCUUGGGGAAAGACUUGCACUGGAUUCCAUAUCGACAGCUCCAGAUGCUAAUCUUAUUUCCCAAGCUAUUUUUCAAUGCAUUCAGGAUCGUAACCAAGAUGUGCGCAAGGGAGCACAGCUUGUGCUUCCUUUGCUUAUCAGGGAUAUGAAAGCCGAUACGCUGCGUCAGCUAGCACGAGACACCUACUCUGGCUCUACUCUUGCCACUAUCGUUUCACAGAUUGACUCUGUUGAAUCUGAAACUAUAGAUGGAGCAGGAUCAAAAUCGAUUUCAAGUCUCAAGUCGAAAGAUAUUCUUACUCAAGGCAAAAAAGUCGCGUCUAUCAAGUCUGAGAUUGCAGCGACUCCAGUCGUAAUAAGUGAACCUGCUCAAAAUAGUGGCGAAAAUACUCUUACUACACGGAAUUUAUUGGCAUCAUCAUCCUUGAAUGAUCUUAAACAAUCCAAGAUAGGUGUGCCUUUGACUAAAAACCGAGUUUCUCGAACAGGAAGUCUUGUUUUGAAAAAAGAAGCUGUUCUUGCCGAAUCAUCUUUUUCACAAGUUCUUUUUUUACCCACUGAUUCGCGAGCCAAAGAUGCUAGAACUGCCGCAGAUCGUGGUGUGAAUAGAUGGGCUUUUGAUACACCUCGCCGGCAUCUCAUUGAGUUUUUAUCUGAGCAAUGUCAGUUGUGUUUAUCUUCCGAGCUUCAUAGCUUACUGUUUAGCACUGAUCACUACAAGGAAAAGGAUUUUUUAGCAGGUCUCAAAAUGCUUGAUGACUAUGCAGUUCGAUCGUUGAAUAGUCAAGGGCCUGAUGCUGAAGAAGGCCGCACGUUUUUUUCUUUAAAUAGUGAUAUUCUUUUCAAGUAUAUUACUCUCAGAUUCUACGAUACCAAUACCAGUAUUUCGCUGAAAACACUGGAGCUGCUUGAACAUAUGUUUGGUAUUUUUGAUAUCAACAGCAUUCUUAUGACUGAAAACGAAGCAGCAAAUUUUUUGCCUCAUUUUAUUAUCAAAGUAGGCGAUCCCAAGGAAACACUUCGUUCCCGUGUUCGUGGCAUUAUGAAAAUGAUUUCGCGAGUUUAUCCUGCAUCUCGUUUUAUUCAGUAUCUUCUCAAGGGUCUUGAAUCGAAAAACUCACGGACAAGGUCUGAAUGUCUGGAUGAGCUAUCUUCGCUUAUUCAGCGCAAUGGCUUGACAGCAUUUGUACCUGCAAAAACCCUUCCAGUGAUUGCUUCACAAAUUAGCGAUCGAGAUGCUGCUGUACGAAACAGUGCUCUUAAUGCUCUCAUUCAAGCAUUUUUGCUUAUUGGUGACGACAUCUAUGCACAUCUUGGAAAAAUAUCGGAAAAAGAUAAGGAUAUGCUGAUUGAACGACUCAAACGCUUACCUCCGCAUACUUCAACUCAUGCUUCUACUGUUCAGCCUACUUUUACAAAUGGUAUUUCUGCCGCAGUUAACCGCAAAUCUUUGUUACCAUCCGUUUCUAACACCGAAAGUGACUCUAUUGGUGCAACUCAAAAUGCAAACCGAAACAGUAGUUCUACCAAGCGUACAUUCACUACGGGAUCGGUUGAUUCGGAAUACCUGAACGAGUCAAAUGGAGGUAGUUCAUAUCGCUUGGGCUCGACCCAGGAUAACACUGUAAAUUUGGCAUGGUCAUCAGGAGAAUCAUACAAUCACGUCAGUGGAUCAACUCAGACUACCAAUGCACCACCCUCAGUUCCCAAGGAGUUUACAUUGGAUUUCGAAAAUAUGGAAGUUCGUAGUGUGAACAGCAGCCAGACUGCAAAUGCUGGUCAUGGACACGUUUCAGCAAACCAAUCAGCUAGUCAUCUUUUACCAGAGUCUGAGCGUAUUGAUUUGAUGAUUGAUGUAAUGAUCACACAUGUCACCAGUUUAGAUGUCAAUCAAAGCAUCGAAGGUUUAAAGCAACUUGAAAAACUUCUCAGCACAACUCCUGAUAUUGCAGGAUUACGUAUUAAUGAUAUUAUCAGCGCAUCAACCUUGCAGCUACGAAUUGCCUUUACCAAUCUCAGUCCUUUAAAAGCAAACAUUGCGAGACUUGUAAAGCACAUUUCCAGUCUUUUAGUGAGUAUUUUUUCAAAACAAGAGUUUUCGAGUUUUGUGCUGGUUGACAAUUUAGAGCAAUGUGUUCAAGAGGUUUUACUUCGUCUUGUUGAUCCUACUUUGCAAACCAUUGACUCGGCAAACGUACUUGGUCGGGCACUGAACAUUUUAAUGGUACGCAUCAUUGAAGGUUGCGAUUGCAACAUGACUUUUAGGGUCUUGCUGCGGAUCCUUCAGCGGUCUGCUGCUACUUGUUUCAACAUGUCUGGCCAGACUCUUACUUUGCAUUCUAAACAUACCGAGCUUGUGAUGAAGUGUGUAUGGAAGGUCACUAAAACACUUCCAAAAAGAUUAGAAGAGAAAAGCAUUCGCAUUUCCGAUAUUCUUGUCGAUAUUCACGAGUUUUUGUCACUUUCCCCUCCAGCAUACUGGAAAAAACGUGUUGCCGAAAAUGUGAUCCCUCAGGCGGACAUGCCAUUGCGUACAGUCAAGACGAUUCUACACGAGCUAGUGAAUGCGCUUGGUAAAGACGUGAGAGAAUAUGCCAGUGAUAUUACCGCCGAUAGCCAUGUACAAACAUACUUGGAUCAAAUGCUUGGAGCAGCUGAACGCCGCCUAUCGAGAUCAUCUAGAAUGUCUCGAGACUUUGAAGCUAUCAAGCGCUCAUCUCAGGAUAUGUCUGUUCCAUCAUCACCUCAAACCAGAUCUUUGCUUUUAAAGGAUGAAUUAGAAUCGCAACUUAUACAACCUACUAGAUCACCAGGUAAUGCUUUUGUGUCAACAUCUAGUCAAAACCGCAGAUCAGGCGAUUUUGAUGGUAGUUGUGUUACAAAAGAGUUGAAUUCAGAUGGAGAUCAAAGUACUCUUGAUGGACAAAUUCAGUACAUUUUCUCGAUGAUUUCUGACAAAGAAAAAACUAGAAUGGGAGUUCAAAAACUUUAUCACUUUCAACUUGAGCAUCCAGAGGCGGCUGAUUUGGUUGAACAGAGAAUUGCUCGUACUAGCUCCUAUUUUCAAGGUUAUAUCCGACGAGGCCUAGCAGCAUAUUCACAAUCGAGUGCAGCAGAAACGGCAGCUUCGAAUGCAGCUGCAACAGUUGCUGCAAUGAAUGCAUUUGGGGUUGAUGGAGGCUCUAAUUUGACUGGAUACCAACGACAUAUGAGUUUUGGUCCAGAUGUCCUCAAAAAUGUAAAUGCGCUUGAGCCUGACACUGCGGGUGGUGGUAGUGCUGAUUCGUUUAGGGAAACAUUGACCCGACUGCAAUUAAUGUUUAAAAACUCUUCGACAUCCGCACUACCAUCGACCCUGAAUGAUUCCAAUGUAUAUACGAGUCGUCCACGUCCUGCUUCAUAUAUCGACCCCCAAUCGCCUGGUAUCAACAAGGGAUCUAGCCAUCAUACUGCUACACAGUCUAUGCAGAAUAGCUCUAAUGUUGCCAUAAAGAACCCAUCGACCAUUGUAGCCAAUGCCGCUGUAGAUCGACAACAAAGAUCGCAGGCAGUUGGUGAUUUGAAGGAGCGAUUGGCAAAAAUGAAGCUGGCAAUGGGAAAGUAA